AGUACAGUUGUUUAUCAACGCCGGUGGCAGUGCAAGUGCUAAGUGAAUAUUGGUUACGAUGUGACUAAGUGAUCAGUGAAUUAGUUUUGUGAUAAUUCGAGGUAAAGCAGUGACUAUUUUAUAAAUGACAUAAAAAAAAUGAUUUCACCACUGUUUUGAGCGUUACUUAUGGUGUAAAUUGUUAAUAGACAAAGUUGUUAUUAAGUAAACUGGCAUCUUAAGAUUCUUUUGACGUCUGAGGGGAUAUUUAGAUGUAUAUAGGAUAUACAGUAAAUAACAUAUUUCCUGAUCCCAGCUACUGUGAAAUGUGAAAAAUGCUACUGACAAUCUGCAAAUCUUGUCAAUCCUGUCUUGAGACGAUGUACUGGAACUGUUGCGAGGAACGCUUUUGCUUCGACAAGAAUAUUGCGAAAUAUAAUUUGGAAAGCAGCACCCUGUAUACAAAUGGGUACGGCAACAUGGGCGCUAAUGUCGGGGACGUGGUGACGGGUCAGCCAAUGAACAACAACCAUUUGCCACAGACAGCGAUCAUUGGAAGAGAAAUAAACGAGCUGCCUUUGCAUGUCGAUAAAUUAUAUGAGGUUUUCUCCAAAUCUCUUAUAUUCAGAGAUGACCAAGAACUGAAGAAUGCAAGCACGAAUACUCUAGACGAAUACGAAACUAAGUCAGAACCAGACUAUCUAUCUGAUAAGCCAAAUAGAACCAAAGUAUAUUUCGAAGACGAAGUAGACUCGCCUGUAACAGACUUUGAAAUAAUGUUCAAAGAUGAACUCUUAGCUAGUUAUGAUAUGUUCAAGAUUGAGGAAGAAGAAGAAGAGGAUACGAAGAGCCAAGAUACUGAAGAAGGUCUUACAAUGAAUGUUUCUGUUAAGAAACAAGACGUUAUAAAACCAAGUACAAUUACACUGAAAGAUGAAACUAAAAUUACCAAACAAACCCCUAUUUACGAAUACGACCCUGUUUCUGUUUUAACCCUGCCUUCUGCCUUUGGAUUACCUAGAGUUGAAAGUGUUAAGAGUAUUUUGAGAACAAACAGUGCAAAAACAUUGGAUCGUAUUGACAGUGGAAGUAAAUUAAGACCUUCAUUGAGUAGAAAUGAGAGCCUUAAGAAUAUAGACCCUCAAAAAAUUACCAAAGUAUUAGCAAGAGUGCCACAUAGAAGUGCAUCGUUCUUAAAUAUACCGGCACAUUUAGCCCCAGAAAAACCACCGCUAAUGAAAAGUAAAUCUACGGUUGGAGUACCAUCUUUAGCUGAAAGUGAAUUGAAAUUGAGCUCACUGCCAGAUACACCUAUUAUAAAAAGCAAUAACUUACCCCGUUUCUUCGCCGAUACACCAUCAUCGAUACCCGAGUAUAAAGGUGAAACAAGUUUACAAAGCAUCCAACAGAAAACUGCACUCAAGUUCAAAGAAAAUGACUUUAGCAUGCCCAGGUAUUACGGAACGGUGAAAGCUGAUCCAAUCCCUGUACAAGAAAGUAAAUCUAUGCCGGAUUUAAGAAAUCCUAUAACAACUGGUAAAGUAAGUAGCCGUCUAGCCAAAUUUAGAGGUAAAUUGAACCCAUUAGUUAUUCGAAAAAGUUCUGAAGAAAAACUUUAAUUUACCGAUUAUUAAUAAUUUAGUUCUUAUGUAGCUAAUUACGUUAAUUUCUUAACUUAUAAACAAUUACUAUUUGCGGCAAUAUCCAAGACGGUAAACGAUAAUAUGUUACCAUUGCAAAAAGUAUCUAUGUAAAAUAUACAAUUUAAAAUGGUAUUAAUAAAUUCAAUUAUAUAUAAGCGGUAACUAUAGCUACAUUGUGAUAUAAAUUAUAUAGCUUAUAAUUAUGUAAUUAUCUGUAAAAUAUUGUAUUAAAACUUAAAUAGAAAUUCUGACAUUUUAAAUUUGGACAUAAAAUAAUAAUUAUGACAUUUUAAGAUUAUUAUUAUUUCAAUAAUAAUUUAUUGCAUAUAUUAGUAAUCUACCUUUAGUACCUACUUAUCAUCGAGUAAUUUUAUUUUUGUUUAAACUAACUUCAGUUAGAAUAUUUUAAAUUAUGUUAAUGAUAUUUAUUUUAAUAAACCAGUGUAAGAUAUUGUAAAUGUUUGACUAAAUAAUAUUGUAAAAUCUAAUUUUGUGGCUCAAUGUACCUUUAUAGAAGUUAAUAAUAAAAAUGUUAACAUAUUAUAUUAUGUUCCUUAACAUAUUAUUAUUAAGUUAAUUUUAAUGAAUAUUAAUUAAUUUUUAUUAUUUUUUUAGUGUCGUUGUAUAGACGAGAUGAAUUUGACUGUAUUAAUAAUUUAUUUGUUAAAUCAUAAAUUUCAAGAUUUGGAAAAUUUCGAACAAAUAUUAGAAAUAAAGAAUAGAAAUAAUAGAAAGACAGAUAUUAAAUAUUAGUACAGAACUUAUUAUGAGCCACUAGUAUCUCAUAAGUUCUGUUAACCUCUGCGUUAGCAGUGUGAAAAGUAAAUACUAUAUAAUUGCUAAUGCACGAUAUUACAACAAUUCAGUAGGUACCUAUAAUACAUGCUUUAAAAUUAAUGCAAAUAGUUUUCUCUGCAGUAACCCUAGCAGAAUUCAGCUAUUUUAGCAGAAUUUCUCAUUUCUAGAGGUCAGCAGAUUAUGUUGAAGUGUUGCAAAGUCUAGCCGGAUUUAGCUAAAUCAUAUUAGAAAUCGUACCAAGCUUUCAUAAUGUUUAUAGGACAAAUUCCCCGAAAAGCAAUAUUUUUUUGUAAUUCUUGUAUUGGAUUUCUGAUUUAUUUUUUGUUGCCUAGACUUAUCUUUUCAGACGUUUGUACACUGCACACUUUUUGUCGUACCUACAGCAUUUUUAUAAUAUUUGCAAAUGUUAUGACUUCAAGAUCACAUACACAACUUUUUGUGCUGUCAUCUGAGAAGUAUGUGCAACGUGACUGAUUGGUUCCGGCUAGUAUGACGUCAUACUCCUUCAGACUACGUCAUACUCGGCCUACAACACAUCAGAAAUGAAUUGAUUAUUGCAUUAUAUCGAAGGAUAUAUCACUUUCCAUUCUAAAACACAUUCUCCAUAUAAUUAAAUUUAAGUUCUUCUCUUCUUAAUCCGAUUUCUCGAAAUCGUAUCAUUCAUAAUUUUAAAAAUUCAUUCACGCCCAGUAAUUAAAAGGAAGACUUAUAAAAUAUUUUACUAUCACAUUCCUCUUGUGUUUAUUAUAAGACAAUUGUAAUGUUAAGUAUGUUUAUUAGUACUUAAAAAUAAUAAUAUCGCAUAAUGUCGUAUCUAGUCAACAAACAUAAAAUCGGUAUUAUAAAUAAAAAUAAGUUAAAAUUAUUCUUUGCUCAGCGCGAAGUUCGACUAAAGUCGAACAGAUUUUCAUAUUUUAAAUUAUAAAAACCACCGUAACGUUAAGUUUUUCAAGUUACUUUAUAAGCAAAAUUAAAUAUAUUUAAUUAAGAGUCUUAAUAAUGUUACGAUCAUAUCCCUUUACAUACAAUAUUAAAUCAACUAAAGCGUGCUAUACACUCGAUUUAUCGAUUUGAAUGGUUUUGUAGUCGUCUAGAGACGAUAUGUCGAGGAUUAUAAGACUUAUGUUUUCUUUUGUUUUUUCUUUUAGUUUAUCGCUAUGUAUACAGAUCUGCGGUUAGUAACUGAAAUCAUAGUGUCAAUAAAUUAUUUCGGUAUUA